AUGGAUGCUUCUGAGGAAGCUAAAAGAAUAUCACUACAGGUUACAUCCUUGUCUACACAAUUGAUCGAGAGCGUAGAUAAACAGUCACAUUUAGAAGAACAGCUUAAUAAAUCUUUAAAGACAAUAUCCAGUCAAAAAGAAGCGAUUGUAAACUACAACCGGUUGAAAACAGAUUAUGAAGCUUUGAAAAGAACAGUAUUAGAAAAAGAUGACGAAGUAAAUAAACUUCGUGAGGAUGUAGUCAAAGAAAAUGAGCUUCGAACUAAAGCUGAAGAUGAAAAUGACAAAUUGAAUAAAGAAGUUGAAGAUUUGACUGCUUCACUUUUUGAUGAAGCUAACAAUAUGGUUUCUGACGCCAGAAAGGAGAAAUAUGCUAUCGAAAUUCUAAACAAAAGGCUCACAGAACAACUACGUGAAAAGGAUACAUUAUUAGAUACCUUGAGUCUACAGCUCAAAAACUUGAAGAAAGUGAUGCAUAGUUUGGAUAAUGAAAGUGUGGUCACUAAUAGCUCGAACAGAUACUCCACAAUCUUAAACGACUCAGCAACUUCUUCUAGCACUUCUUUGAAUAAAGUGCCAACUUUAAAUUCAUCUGCUUCCCAAGAUAUGUAUAGUGGGAUCGUAUACUCGCCAAGUAUUUCAUCUAUUCGUUAUGAUGUAAGCCUUUACAAUGAAUUUCUAAAAUUUGUCGCUGCAUUGCCUAAUUGUGACAACAUAAAAGCAACUUCAUCAGAGUCAAAAUUGAUUCGUAGAUUAGUCAAUGAUGAAAUCCAACCUAUACUAAAGAUUGAUAAUGCAUCAGGCAUCGGGUGGUUGGUUAAGAAAACGUUACUUUCUUUGAUUAUAGAUGGUUUGGUGGUUAUGGAACCUCUAAGCGGCGUUAAUGCAACCUACCAAAUUGGGUAUAAUUCAAGUAGCCCUGUAAAGCAGGCUACCCCAAAUAUGCCAAGAAUGUUCAAGUUUCCCUUAGAUUCGCCUCCAGUCGCCGUGCAUGCAGCAUGUUCCUUCUGUGGAGAAUCCAGAGAUGACAUUAUUGAACAUGCAAGGAUGUAUAUAUUGAAAACUUUGCACAAGGCAGACGAUGGCACAGAACAGGUAACAAAUACCUAUCCAUUAUGUCAUUGGUGUUUGCUAAAGUUAAGGCAAACUUGUGAAAUAUUUGCCUUUUUAAGAUCACUGAAGGUAGGUGCAUGGCAUUUAGAAAAACUGGAAGCGCAAAGUAUUACUAAGGGGGAUUUGGGAAAAUUCUCUGAAGUCACGAAGCGUACCAAGACGGACGGUAGAGUCUCCUCUCAAGAUAAAAAAGCGAAACGGUUGAGUUUUAUGGCAGGCCUUGGUAUUAACUCUUCAUCGAAAAGUAAGCAAAAAAUGGAAGUCUUUUCCUCCGAAGCAAAUGCAAAGCCAGGACAGCCUACUACUAAUAUUCAAAGAGCAUGGCUACAGCUAUGUAAGUUGCGUUGUAUACUUCAUUGGAGUCAUAUAGGUAUAUGGGCGGUGGAUGAUUCUAUUUCCUCAAAAAUUGGACCGUUUGUUGGUGAUGAAGAUAGUGAUGAGAAUCGAGAUGAUUCUAUAUCAGUCCGUUUGCAAGACAAAGCACUUUGGAAGAAGAGUACGGGAAAAUGCUCGUCUUCAUCUAGCCCAGGCGAAGGCCCAAAGAGCGAUACUUUUGACUUUGAAAGUGAAGAAAUUGAAAGUGGAACUACAGGUGAAUCUUCGACGGGUGAAUCCUCGACGGGUGAAUCUUCGACGGGUGAAUCCUCGACGGGUGAAUCUUCGACGGGUGAAUCUUCGACGGACGACUCUGCGACAGAUGAAUCUUCUUUAGACGGGUCUUCCACUAAUGGUUCCUUAACAGAGGAGUCUUCAGCGGAGGAAUCUUCCCCAGCGGCUUCCAUUACUAUUCACGGAGAUUCUACUCCACCAGAAAAUCUGCAUGAAGAUGAAGGUGAUGAUACAAUAACAAAAGAUGAUAAAAGUAGUAUCAAGUCGAUUAAGAACAAUGAAGAAAAUAGCAAUAGUGAUGACGAAAAAAGAAAGAAUAUACCAAAGAGGAAAGCCGCUCGACACAGGUUGCAAAAAGAAAAGUUACUCCAAGAUUUAGAUCAUUUAGAAGAGCAGUUUAUGGAAGAAAGCGCAAUUAAUCAAAAGGAACCUGAAGCUUUUGAUGAUAUUGUAAAACAAAUUGAAUCCUCGGAGAAGGCAUCUACUGCAGACAAGAAUUUUGCGAUAGAUAACCUCCAAAGCACAAAAGAGCAAAACUUGACGAUAAGUAAUAAACACAAAGAACAAAUAAGGGAAAAUAGCCCAAGCAGCGGGUUGCAUGCGUCUUCAAGCAAUGAUGAUAACUUUGAUGAUGCCCAAGAACAGCAGUAA